ACAUUCACUUCAAGUGGUGCCACCGCUACUACAUCAACAUCAGCAUUCACUUCAAGCGAUCCCACCACUCCCUCAACAUUCACUUCAAGUGGUGCCACCGCUACUACAUCAACAUCAGCAUUCACUUCAAGUGACGGCACCUCUCACUCAACUACAUUGACAGUCACUUCAGAUGAUGCUACAUCAACAACCACUUCAAGUGAUGUCACCACUCCAUCAACAUCAAUAUUCACUUCAAGUGAUGCCACCACUCCCUCAACAGUAGCUUCAAGUGAUGCCACCGCUACUGUAUCAACAUCAGCAGUCUCUUCAUUUGAUGCCACCACUCCCUCAGCAGUCACUCCAAGUGAUGCCACCAAUCCCUCAACUGCAACGACAUCAACUUCAAAUGAUGCCACCACUACCACACUGACAUUGACAGUCAUUUCAAGCAAUUCCACCACUCCCUCAAAAGCCACUUCAAGUGAUGUCACCACUCCCUCAUCUACAUCAAUAGUCACUUCAAGUGAUGCCACAGCUACUACAUCAACAUCAGCAUUCACUUCAAGUGAUGCCACCUCUCCCUUGACAUCAAUGUUCACUUCAAUUGAUGCCACCUCUCCCUCAACAUCAACAGUCACUUUAAGAGAUGCCACCACUCCCUCAACAGUCUCUUCAAGUGAUGGCACCUCUCUCUUAACAUCAAUAUUCACUUCAAGUGAUGGCACCUCUCCCUCGACAUCAACAGUCAUUUUAAGUGAUGCCACCACUCCCUCAACAGCAGCUUCAAGUGAUGCCACCUCUCACUUAACUGCAUCGACAGUCACUUCAGAUGAUGCUACAUCAACAACCACUUCAAGUGAUGCCACCACUCCCUCAAGUACAUUGACAGUCAGUUCAAGUGUUGCCACCACUGCCUCAACAGUCACUUCAAGUGAUGCCACUAAUACUACAUCAACAUCAGCAGUCACUUCAAGUGAUCCCUCCACUCCCUCAACAUUAAUAUUCACUUCAAUUGAUGCCACCUCUCCCUCGACAUCAACAGUCACUUUAAGAGAUGCCACCUCUCCCUCAACAGUCUCUUCAAGUGAUGGCACCUCUCUCUUAACAUCAAUAUUCACUUCAAGUGAUGGCACCUCUCCCUCGACAUCAACAGUCAUUUUAAGUGAUGCCACCUCUCCCUCAACAGCAGCUUCAAGUGAUGCCACCUCUCACUCAACUACAUCGACAGUCACUUCAGAUGAUGCUACAUCAACACCCACUUCAAGUGAUGCCACCACUCCCUCAAGUACAUUGACAGUCAGUUCAAGUGUUGCCACCACUGCCUCAACAGUCACUUCAAGUGAUGCCACUAAUACUACAUCAAUAUCAGCAGUCACUUCAAGUGAUCCCACCACUCCCUCAACAUUCACUUCAAGUGGUGCCACCGCUACUACAUCAACAUCAGCAUUCACUUCAAGUGAUGACACCUCUCCGUCAGCAUCAAUAUUCACUUCAAGUGACGGCACCUCUAACUCAACUACAUUGACAGUCACUUCAGAUGAUACUACAUCAACACCCACUUCAAGUGAUGUCACCACUCCCUCAACAUCAAUAUUCACUUCAAUUGAUGCCACCACUCCCUCAACAGUCUCUUCAAGUGAUGCCACCUCUCACUCAACUACAUCGACAGUCACUUCAGACCAUACUACAUCAACACCCACUUCAAGUGAUGCCACCACUCCCUCAAGUACAUUGACAGUCAGUUCAAGUGUUGCCACCUCUCUGUCAACAGUCACUUCAAGUGAUGCCACCUCGUCCUCAACUACAUCAACUUUAACUUCAAGUGAUACCACCACUACUACACCGACAGUAACAUUAACUGUGGACAGAAUUCCCUCAACUACGUCGAUAGUCAGGUCAAGUGAUGCCACCACUGCCUCAACAGUCACUUCAAGUCAUGACACCACUGUUACAUCAACAUCAGCAGUAACUUCAAGCGAUGCCACCGCUCCUUCAAAAUUCGCUUCAAGUGGUGCCACCUUUUCUCCAUCACCAUCAGCACUUAGAUCAAGUGAUGCCACCUCUCCCUCGACAUCAAAAUUCACUUCAACUGAUGCCACAUCUCACUCAACUACAUCAGACGUCACUUCAGAUGAUACAACAUUAACACCCAAUUCAAGUGAUACCACCACUCUCUCAAGAACAUCGACAGUCACUUCAAGUGAUGCCACCUUUUCCUCAACUACAUCGAAUUUAACUUCAAGUGAUACCACCACUACUACACCGACAGUAACUUCAACAUUGGCCAACAUUCCCUCAACUACAUCGACAGUCACUUCAAGUGAUGCCACCACUCCCUCAACAUUCACUUCAAGUGGUGCCACCGCUACUACAUCAACAUCAGCAUUCACUUCAAGCGAUCCCACCACUCCCUCAACAUUCACUUCAAGUGGUGCCACCGCUACUACAUCAACAUCAGCAUUCACUUCAAGUGACGGCACCUCUCACUCAACUACAUUGACAGUCACUUCAGAUGAUGCUACAUCAACAACCACUUCAAGUGAUGUCACCACUCCAUCAACAUCAAUAUUCACUUCAAGUGAUGCCACCACUCCCUCAACAGUAGCUUCAAGUGAUGCCACCGCUACUGUAUCAACAUCAGCAGUCUCUUCAUUUGAUGCCACCACUCCCUCAGCAGUCACUCCAAGUGAUGCCACCAAUCCCUCAACUGCAACGACAUCAACUUCAAAUGAUGCCACCACUACCACACUGACAUUGACAGUCAUUUCAAGCAAUUCCACCACUCCCUCAAAAGCCACUUCAAGUGAUGUCACCACUCCCUCAUCUACAUCAAUAGUCACUUCAAGUGAUGCCACAGCUACUACAUCAACAUCAGCAUUCACUUCAAGUGAUGCCACCUCUCCCUUGACAUCAAUGUUCACUUCAAUUGAUGCCACCUCUCCCUCAACAUCAACAGUCACUUUAAGAGAUGCCACCACUCCCUCAACAGUCUCUUCAAGUGAUGGCACCUCUCUCUUAACAUCAAUAUUCACUUCAAGUGAUGGCACCUCUCCCUCGACAUCAACAGUCAUUUUAAGUGAUGCCACCACUCCCUCAACAGCAGCUUCAAGUGAUGCCAUCACUCCCUCAACUUUAUCGACAGUCACUUCAGAUGAAGCCACAAAGACACCCACUUCAGGGGAUGCAACAUCUUCCUCAUCUACAUCAGCAGUCACUUCAAGCGAUAACACUUUUCCUUCAACAUUCACUUCAAGUGAUGCCAAAGCUACUACAUCAACAUCAGCAGUCUUUUCAAGUGAUACCACCACUCCCUCAACAAUCACUUUUAGUUAUGCCAUCUCUCCCUCGUCAUCAAUAUUCACUUCAAGUGAUGCCACCUCUCACUCAACAACAUCGACCGUCACUUCAGACCAUACUACAUCAACACCCACUUCAAGUGAUGCCACCACUUCCUCAAGUACAUUGACAGUCAGUUCAAGUGUUGCCACCACUCUGUCAACAGUCACUUCAAGUGAUGCCACCUCUUCCUCAACUACAUCAACGGUCACUUCAGGUGAUGCCACCAGUACUACACCAACAGUAUCUUCAACUGCUGCCACCAUUCCCUCAACUACAACAACAGUCACUUCAAGUGAUGCCACCACUACUACAUCAACAUUAGCAGUCACUUCAAGCGAUCUCACCACUCCCUCAACAGUCACUUCAAGUGAUGCCACCUCUCCCUCGACAUCAAUAUUCACUUCAAGUGAUUCAACCUCUCACUCAACUACAUUGACAGUCAAUUCAGAUUAUACUACAUCAACACCCACUUCAAGUGAUGCCACCACUCCCUCAAGUACAUCGCCAGUCAGUUCCAGUUUUGCCACCUCUCUGUCAAUAGUCACUUCAGGUGAUGCCACCUCUUCCUCAACUACAUCAACUUUAACUUCAAGUGAUACCACCACUACUACACCGACAGUAACAUUAAUUGUGGACAGAAUUCCCUCAACUACGUCGACAGUCAGGUCAAGUGAUGCCACCACUGCCUCAACAGUCACACCAAGUGAUGCCACCAAUCCCUCAACUGCAUCGACAUCAACUUCAAGAGAUGUCACAACUACUACAUCGACAUUAACAAUCACUUCAAGCGAUUCCACAACUCCCUCAAAAACCACUUCAAGUCAUGCAACCACUCCCUCAUCUACAUCAAUAGUCACUUCAAGAGAUGCCACCACUCCUACAUCAACAUCAUCAGUCACUUCAAGCGAUAACACUGUUCCUUCAACAUUUACUUCAAGUGGUGCCACAGCUACUACAUCAACAUCAUCAUUCAGUUCAAGUGAUGCCAUUUCUCCCUCGACAUCAACAGUCACUUUAAGUGAUGGCACUACUCCCUCAACAGUCCCUUCAAGUGAUGCCACCGCUACUACAUCAACAUCAGCAGUCUCUUCAAGUGAUGCCACCAAUCCCUCAACUGCAUCGAGGUCAACUUCAAAUGAUGCCACCACUCCCUCAUCUACAUCAUCAGUCACUUCAAGCGAUAACACUGUCCCUUCAACAUUCACUUCAAGUGAUGCCAAAUCUACUACAUCAACAUCAGCAGUCUCUUCAAGUGAUGCCACCACUCCCUCAACAAUCACUUCAAGUAAUGCCACCUCUCCCUCGACAUCAAUAUUCACCUCAAGUGAUGCCAUCUCUCACUCAACUACAUCGACAGUCACUUCAGACCAUACUACAUCAACACCCACUUCAAGUGAUGCCACCACUCCCUCAAGUACAUUGACAGUCAGUUCAAGUGUUGCCACCACUCUGUCAACAGUCACUUCAAGUGAUGCCACCUCGUCCUCAACUACAUCAACUUUAACUUCAAGUGAUACCACCACUACUACACCGACAGUAACAUUAACUGUGGACAGAAUUCCCUCAACUACGUCGAUAGUCAGGUCAAGUGAUGCCACCACUGCCUCAACAGUCACUUCAAGUCAUGACACCACUGUUACAUCAACAUCAGCAGUAACUUCAAGCGAUGCCACCGCUCCUUCAAAAUUCGCUUCAAGUGAUGGCACCUCUACUAAAUCAACAUCAGCAGUCACUUCAAGCGAUAACACUGUUCCUUCAACAUUCACUUCAAGUGGUGCCACCUUCUCUCCAUCACCAUCAGCAGUCACUUCAAGUGAUGGCACCUCUCCCUCGACAUCAAAAUUCACUUCAACUGAUGCCACAUCUCACUCAACUACAUCAAACGUCACUUCAGAUGAUACUACAUUAACACCCAAUUCAAGUGAUACCACCACUCUCUCAAGAACAUCGACAGUCACUUCAAGUGAUGCCACCUCUUCCUCAACUACAUCGAAUUUAACUUCAAGUGAUACCACCACUACUACACCGACAGUAACUUCAUCAUUGGCCAACAUUCCCUCAACUACAUCGACAGUCACUUCAAGUGAUGCCACUAAUACUACAUCAACAUCAGCAGUCACUUCAAGUGAUGCCACAUCUCCAUCAGCAUCAAAAUUCACUUCAAGUGACGGCACCUCUCACUCAACAACAUUGACAGUCACUUCAGAUGAUACUAUAUCAACACCCACAUCAAGUGAUGCCACCACUCCCUCAACAUCAAUAUUCACUUCAAGUGAUGCCACCACUCCCUCAACAGUAGCUUCAAGUGAUGCCACCGCUACUGUAUCAACAUCAGCAGUCUCUUCAUUUGAUGCCACCACUCCCUCAACAGUCACUCCAAGUGAUGCCACCAAUCCCUCAACUGCAACGAUGUCAACUUCAAAUGAUGCCACCACUACCACACUGACAUUGACAGUCAUUUCAAGCAAUUCCACCACUCCCUCAAAAGCCACUUCAAGUGAUGCCACCACUCCCUCAUCUACAUCAAUAGUCACUUCAAGUGAUGCCACAGCUACUACAUCAACAUCAGCAUUCACUUCAAGUGAUGCCACCUCUCCCUCGACAUCAAUAUUCACUUCAAGUGAUGCCACCUCUCGCUUGACAUCAAUGUUCACUUCAAUUGAUGCCACCUCUCCCUCGACAUCAACAGUCACUUUAAGAGAUGCCACCUCUCCCUCAACAGUCUCUUCAAGUGAUGGCACCUCUCUCUUAACAUCAAUAUUCACUUCAAGUGAUGGCACCUAUCCCUCGACAUCAACAGUCAUUUUAAGUGAUGCCACCUCUCCCUCAACAGCAGCUUCAAGUGAUGCCACCUCUCACUCAACUACAUCGACAGUCACUUCAGAUGAUGCUACAUCAACACCCACUUCAAGUGAUGCCACCACUCCCUCAAGUACAUUGACAGUCAGUUCAAGUGUUGCCACCACUGCCUCAACAGUCACUUCAAGUGAUGCCACUAAUACUACAUCAAUAUCAGCAGUCACUUCAAGUGAUCCCACCACUCCCCUCAACAUUCACUUCAAGUGGUGCCACCGCUACUACAUCAACAUCAGCAUUCACUUCAAGUGAUGACACCUCUCCGUCAGCAUCAAUAUUCACUUCAAGUGACGGCACCUCUAACUCAACUACAUUGACAGUCACUUCAGAUGAUACUACAUCAACACCCACUUCAAGUGAUGUCACCACUCCCUCAACAUCAAUAUUCACUUCAAUUGAUGCCACCACUCCCUCAACAGUCUCUUCAAGUGAUGGCACCUCUCCCACAAGUACAUCGAUAGUCAGUUCAAGUGUUGCCACCACUGCCUCAACAGUCACUUCAAGUGAUGCCAUCACUCCCUCAACUUUAUCGACAGUCACUUCAGAUGAAGCCACAAAGACACCCACUUCAGGAGAUGCAACAUCUUCCUCAUCUACAUCAGCAGUCACUUCAAGCGAUAACACUUUUCCUUCAACAUUCACUUCAAGUGAUGCCAAAGCUACUACAUCAACAUCAGCAGUCUCUUCAAGUGAUGCCACCACUCCCUCAACAAUCACUUUUAGUUAUGCCACCUCUCCCUCGACAUCAAUAUUCACUUCAAGUGAUGCCACCUCUCACUCAACAACAUCGACCAUCACUUCAGACCAUACUACAUCAACACCCACUUCAAGUGAUGCCACCACUCCCUCAAGUACAUCAACAGUCAGUUCCAGUUUUGCCACCUCUCUGUCAAUAGUCACUUCAGGUGAUGCCACCUCUUCCUCAACUACAUCAACUUUAACUUCAAGUGAUACCACCACUACUACACCGACAGUAACAUUAACUGUGGACAGAAAUCCCUCAACUACAUCGACAGUCAGGUCAAGUGAUGACACCACUGCCUCAACAGUCACUUCAAUUGAUGCCACCAAUCCCUUAACUGCAUCGACAUCAACUUCAAGAGAUGUCACCACUACUACAUGGACAUUGACAGUCAUUUCAAGCAAUUCCACCACUCCCUCAAAAGCCACUUCAAGUGAUGCCACCACUCCCUCAUCUACAUCAAUAGUCACUUCAAGUGAUGCCACAGCUACUACAUCAACAUCAGCAUUCACUUCAAGUGAUGCCACCUCUCCCUCGACAUCAAUAUUCACUUCAAGUGAUGCCACCUCUCGCUUGACAUCAAUGUUCACUUCAAUUGAUGCCACCUCUCCCUCGACAUCAACAGUCACUUUAAGAGAUGCCACCUCUCCCUCAACAGUCUCUUCAAGUGAUGGCACCUCUCUCUUAACAUCAAUAUUCACUUCAAGUGAUGGCACCUAUCCCUCGACAUCAACAGUCAUUUUAAGUGAUGCCACCUCUCCCUCAACAGCAGCUUCAAGUGAUGCCACCUCUCACUCAACUACAUCGACAGUCACUUCAGAUGAUGCUACAUCAACACCCACUUCAAGUGA